AUGCCCUUCCUCUCCAUUUUGUUUGCUUUUCUGUUGACUCCAGUAGCGAUUUGCUCGACUAUCUCUCAUGGUAGCGAAGCGAACCUGACCACGAGAGACACCUCUCCCAUCUCGCUUUCCAACUCAGAGUGGAUCUGGCAGACGGGCUUUGUCGCUAACAGCUUCGUGGGACUUCGCAAAGGAUUUACGCCGCCGCUGGGAAAAUCUCUCAUUGCAGCUGAGGUCGUCAUAACUGCGUCCAAUCGCUUCAGCUUCUAUGUCAACGGAGAUUUUAUUGGGAACGGCACUCCCGUGAUCCGUGGGCGUUUCGCUCAAAGGUUCUGCAUCGACCUCUUACCAAGUUUCAAUGUUUUUGCUGUGAACGCUACCGACUCAACCGUCGAUGAAGCAGCAAUGAUUGCCACUAUCCUCCUCACUUAUUCCGACUUGACUACGGAUACUCUUGUGAGCGAUGCUUCUUGGCGCGUGCAUAAAACUGUAGCCGGCUUUGAACAACUCUCAUUCGAUGACACUACGUGGCCUGUUGCUACUGUCCGUGGCUCAUUUGGUGACGACCCUUGGGAUGAAAUCAAUAUUCCCGCCUCUCCUCCUGUCGUUUCUUUCGACCGCGGCGAAUGGAUUUGGACAGAUGCUGUCCCUGCGGGCGGGACCAUUCCAGCUGGCUCAAGAGCCUUUCGUCGGACAUUCACGCCUGCGCCUGGCCAGGUGGCCGCUUCCGCGAGUAUUAUAGUCUCCGUGGACAAUGCAUACACACUCUGGGUGAAUGGCGUCAAGAUCGGGACGGGCUCGAACUUCAACACUGCCCAGCACUACAACAUCAACUUCGCAACGGCCCCGGAGGAAAUUGUGUUUGCUGUCCUUGCCACCAACUCAGCGGCUGGACCUGCCGGAUUAAUUUUUGCAGCGGAGAUCAACAUGGUGCCUAGUGGCCGAGUUGGGUGUAUUGCUGGGGCAUUUGCGCUAACUGACGCAAGCUGGGUGUCUACUAAAGGCAUGAUUCCUGCAGGCUGGGAGCAGCCCGGGUUUGACGACUCUUCUUGGCCAGCUGCCGUCGGAGUUGGCGCUUUCCCUAACAGUCCCUGGGGGAAAAUCACCAUCGGAGCGGCCGCACCGACCAUUACGAUGUAA